CUACAACUCUGUGGAUUUAACCAACAAGCAAGAGGAAGAGAGAGUAGGGCUAGGUAAUAAAAUAUAAAUCCAGUUUUGUACUUCCUUCCUUCCUACCGGAAGCACUUUAACAAAAAUACACCAGUAACUCAAACCUUACUCAAAUUGACCAUAACGCUGUUUGGAGUGGUAUCAAGAGCAAUAUCAGCAACUGUCAGGAUUCUUUCAACAGAAAACAGGAAGAACUUUGACAGAAGGAUCGGUGAGCAGGAUGGUGGACCACCUAAUGAACACAGAGAUCAAUACACAACGGAUAGUUGCAGUCGAAAAUUGCUUUGGAGCAACAGGUCAGCCUCUGGUCAUGCAUGGGCGAGUACUUGUAGGUGAAGGAUUAUUGACAAAAGUCUGUCGCAAGAAGCCAAAACCCCGGAUGUUUUUCCUAUUUAAUGACAUCCUGGUAUAUGGAAGUAUUAUCAUCCACAAGAAAAAGUACACCAGUCAACAGAUAAUACCAUUGGAGGAUGUCAAUGUUGAAGAUCUUGCAGAUAAUGACAGUCUGAAAAAUCAAUGGAUGAUAAAAACCUCACGAAAAUCAUUCAUAGUGUGUGCUGCAACCCGGUCUGAAAAAGAAGACUGGAUAAAGCAUAUUAACAAUUGUGUUAAAAAACUGCUGGAAAAGACAGGAAAGGCACCACCUACUGAACAUGCAGCCCCUUGGAUACCAGACAAGAUGACAGAAAUCUGCAUGCGGUGCACUCAAAAGAAGUUCAACACUUUAAUUCGCAGGCAUCACUGUCGGAACUGUGGCUUUGUGGUGUGUUAUUCUUGUUCAAAGCACAAGUUUCUUAUGCCUAAGCUGUCAUCAAAGCCUUUAAGGGUAUGCACAUUAUGUUACAAUAAAUUGAUGGAAGAGAAGGGUAAAAUCUCAACAUUAGACCGAAAAGCAGAUGAGAUCACUGAUCUGAAUGAUGAUGAAGAUGAUGACAAAUCCAGUGAUGAGGAGAAGCAAGACCUGGGACAGGAUCCAUUAUUUUCAACAGAUCUCUCUUGGUCCUCUUUCCACACUUAG